AAGAUUUGGAUCGAAAGAGAGCGAAAGAAAGAGAUCCAUAAGAAGGGGAAUAAUGGCAUUGCAAUGGCUGAUUCUGUCGUAUGUCGUCGCCGCCGAGGUCGCGAUCGCCGUCAUCUUGACUCUCCCUUACCCAAUGCUCCUGAAGAAACGCAUUGUAUCACUUGUCUCGCUCAUACUCAAUCCUGCCGCUUCCAUCGUCGCCUUCGCUGGAUUUCAACUCCUCGAUAUUUACUGGAAAAAUGAGCAUAGGCUAAUGUGCUCUUCUGAAGUUUGCACUACUACAGAGCGGGAUCGUUACGAGAAAUCCAUCUAUAAGGCUCAGAGGAAUGGGGUUCUGUGUGCGGCUGGGAUCCUUCUCUACUGGUGCAUCUUCCGCAUCUGCAAGUACCACAAAGACCUUGAGCGUUUGGAGGAAUUAGAGAAGAGAUACAAAGAUGAGUAGAAGUCUUCCCAAGUCUGAGAGUCUUGUUCUUCUCUUAUAGUAUCACUUCGGCUUGUGACUAGUCCCAAAAACUGAAUGAGACCAUGAUUAUCUUGAUAACAUAAUACACACAGGCCCUUUUUGUGUUAAUUCAUUUUGCAACUUUUGGUUUUCUUUUCGAGGAACAACAGGCUCUGUUUAUUUCGCGUCCAGAAUUCACCUU